UAGCAAAAAAAAUUGCCCAAAAAAUAGCCAAAAAUUUAACAUGCUGUAUAUAUUGCAAUUAAACAAAAUAUCCAAAAUUUUCAAUGAAAUCAAUAUUACCUCUGCCCUAACUUAACAAAUGCUGAGCUAGGUAUAAGUCUGAGUCGGACAGGGCUAGGGUUCCUGAUAGCGCGAUAUGAUUGACCUUCCUGCGGCGGCGGCGAGGGCGACGGCGGAGGCGGAGGCGGAGGCUUUACCCGACGAUGUAUUAUUGCUUGAUUUCUCCAGCGACCCAAACUGUAACCUGGAUGCCCCUACGCCGCAGCUCUUCCAGGAUAUCUUCGACGCAGCCAUUGACGACCCCGGUUCGGCCGUGGAUGGGGAGGAAGAAGAGCUGGAAUGGCUGGCGAACAAGGACGCGUUCCCCCCUUUAGAAACCUCUUUCGACCCAGUUUCACGGCUGCCUUUCCGGCCGCCUUCGAGGGCACGGAGUGGCGGCCGGCGUCGGAGACGCAAGGCGCUGCCGACCUUUCCGCCGUCGACGGCACCGGAGAAGAAGCAGUGCCGGCACUGCAAAGCGGAGGAAACGCCACAAUGGAGGUUGGGGCCGGAAGGACCGAAGACUCUCUGUAACGCGUGCGGAGUGCGGUAUAACUCCGGCCGGCUUGUGCCGGAGUACCGGCCUGCCAACAGCCCCACUUUCUCCGCCGCUAUACAUUCCAAUUCCCACCGCCGGGUCAUGGAAAUACGCCGCCGGAAGUACGGCGGUCGUCGAGGACGGCCGAGGGUCCGGUUGGUUUCCGAAAGUUCCUAAUUUGGUUGGAAUUUCGCUUAUUUUUAGGUAGGGAUUUGUAGAAGAAGAAAAUAUUUGUUUGUGCUCA